AUGCAAAUACCAAUUGAUCGAUUAAGAAGAAAGAAAAUAUCAACACAAAGAAGAAAAGUCAAUAUAAAUAAUUACAAACAACAAGAUAUAUCCAGCGGUGGAUUGAUCAAUCAUAGUGAUAGUAGUAGUAAUAGUAGUGUAAAUAGUAGUUGUAGUAAUAGUACAGUCAAUAAUAAUAAUAUAGCCGAUGACAACAACAAUAAUAAUAAUGGUGGUCAAAAUAUAGUUUCAAGGAUACUUGGAAGAAAAAAGAAAUCAACUUAUUGUUCUAAUUGGAUUUCAACAACCAAGUACUCUAUACUUACAUUUAUUCCAAAAAAUCUAUUUGAACAAUUUUGUAGAGUAGCCAAUUUAUACUUUUUAUUUAUUUUAAUAUUAUCAUAUACACCAGUUUCACCUGUACUUCCAGGACCAUCAACUAUUAAUUUGGGAAUUGUUCUAUUGGUAAAUGCAUGUAAAGAAGCUUAUGAAGAUUUUAAACGAUAUAAAUCAGAUAAACAUAUAAAUAAUCAAACAACACAAAUUAUAGAGAAUGGGGAAUUUGUUAUAAAGUGUUGGAAGGAUAUCCAAGUUGGUCAUGUUGUCAAGGUGAAUAAUCAAGAACAAUUCCCGGCAGAUUUGGUUUUACUAUCGACUUCAUGUGAAACGUCUCCGGGACUUUGUUAUAUUGAAACAUCCAAUUUGGACGGUGAGACCAAUCUCAAGACAAAACAAUCUCUCAUGGAGACAAACACGUCUCUACAUAAUUUGGACAAUCUCAAUCAAUUCAGUGCAUUGUUGGAAUACGAGGCACCAUCACAGAAUCUAUCGAAAUUUGAUGGUCGUAUUACUAUGGGGUUGUCAGGCGAGACACUUCCAUUGUCAUGUGAACAAUUGUUGAUUAGAGGUACUCAAUUGAUGAACACCAAGUAUAUCUAUGGUGUAGUUGUAUAUACAGGACAUGACACCAAGUACAUGUUAAACACAAUGUCGACACCAAGCAAAAGAAGUAAACUUGAGCGUGAAAUGAACCGUAUUCUCAUCUAUGUCUUGAUAGCAGAGGCAUUGUUGUGUUUGGUCAGUGCUAUUUUAGGUGCUGUCUAUGAACACCGUGUUGGACGUGGUUCGUGGUACUUGCUCAUUAGCAAUCGUCUCAUUGUACAUACUGUCGAACGUUUCUUUACCUUUGUCAUCCUCUACUCUACGAUUGUGCCCAUUUCACUCUAUGUCACCAUGGAAAUGGUUCGUGUCUUUCAAAUCAUAUCGAUCAAUCGUGACAAAAAGAUGUAUCACGAUGAAACAAAGACUUUUGCAAAGGCUCGUACUUCCAACCUCAACGAAGAGCUUGGACAAGUGGAACAUAUCUUUUCCGACAAAACAGGAACUCUGACCCGAAAUGAAAUGGUCUUUAGAAUAUGUAGUAUCGAUGGUCUCUCCUAUGGUAGUCUAUCAAGUGACUACCUAAUUGGUACUGAAUCAAUUUUAAAUGUUAGUUCUGUUGAUCUAAAUCAAAAUCAAAAUAACAAUAGUAGUAAUAAUAAUAAUAUUUGUAAAUCACCUUCAAUUAGCGCAGUAGAUUUAAAAGAUACAUUUGAUAAAUCAACAAGUAGUUUAGCCAAUUUAGUUGAAAAUGUAAACAAACCUUUAAAUGUUGAUUUUAGUAUACCAGCAAACUUGGAGUUUUUCAUAGCCAUUGCAUUGUGUCAUACGGUCAUUCCAGAACAUGAAGGACCAGGCAAUGAAGAUGGUGGAUGCGACGCUAUCAACUAUUCAUCGUCUUCGCCAGACGAGGUUGCCUUGGUGACAGCAGCUGCCAACUUGGGCAUCCAAUUCUUUCACAGAACUCCCAAUUCCAUGGGUGUCAAUGUAAAUGGUCAAGAAAGAAUGUACCACCUAUUGAAUGUUUUAGAGUUUACCAGUGACAGAAAGAGAAUGUCUGUCAUUGUAAGACAAGUAGAUUCACAAGAAAUUAUUCUCUAUUGUAAAGGUGCUGAUACUUCUAUUCUACCAUUUAUCAAUCUACCAUCAAAUGAUAAAGAAAAGGAAAUUUUAAAAUCAAAUGAAGAUAAUUUAAAGAAAUAUUCAUGUAAUGGAUUAAGAACAUUAUGUAUAUCAAAGAAAAUUAUUGAUCCUGUUGAAUAUGAAAAUUGGAAUGUCAUGUUUAAAAAGGCAUCAAUAUCAAUUGAUGAUCGUGAAGAGCAGGUUAGAGAGGUAUCUGCACAGAUUGAGAAUGGAUGGUCAUUGUUGGGUAUAACGGGUGUUGAAGAUAAACUUCAAGACCAGGUACCACAGACUAUUACAACUCUGUCGCAGGCAGAUAUAAAGAUUUGGAUGUUGACUGGUGACAAACAAGAGACUGCCAUUAAUAUUGGAAUUUCUUGUCGUUUAUUAGAGGGUGUAGAUAUACUUAUCCUAAAUGAAACUACCAGUUCCCAAAUACUAGAUCAAGCAAUCGAAUCAAUGAUUAAUCAAAUUGAAUCAAAUGAAAAGUCUGGUGCAGGUGAAACGGACCAUCACCAGACCAACAACAAUAGCAACAACAUUGAAAUGCAAGAAGCUUACAACAACAACAAUAAUAACCAAUUGAAAAAAGAGUAUUCAUUGGUAAUUGAUGGUGCAACAUUGGUAUUGGCUUUGCAAAAGGAAAUAGAGGACAAGUUUUACAAAUUAACAUGUCUAUGUAAAUCGGUUGUAUGUUGUAGAGUUACACCUUUUCAAAAGAGUGAGGUUGUUAGAAUGGUCAAAGAUCGUACUCAAUCGGUUACAUUGGCAAUUGGUGAUGGUGCCAAUGAUGUGUCUAUGAUUCAAAAGGCACAUCUUGGUAUUGGUAUUAGUGGCAAGGAAGGAAGACAAGCAGUGCUAAGCAGCGACUUUGCCAUCUCCCAAUUCAGAUUCCUCGAGCGUUUGGUACUUGUCCACGGUCGCUACAACUACAAACGUUUGUGUCUGUUGAUCUGCUACUUUUUCUUUAAGAAUCUCUUGGCAUCUCUACUCCAACUUUGGUUCUCUUCCAACACCCAGUUCUCAGGUGCCUCCUUUUACGACUCUGCCAAUAUCCUCUGUUACAAUCUCGUCUUUACGUCGCUGCCCAUCAUUAUUAUCGGUGUCUUUGAAAAGGACAUUGGAUCUAGUUAUCUCCGUCGGUUCCCACAACUAUACCGCGAGUGCCAAAAGGGUGCAUGCUUUAACCACCGUAUUUUCUGGUACUGGAUCUCCACAGGUGUCUACUGCUCUGCCUGUAUCUACUUUUUCACAUCACGUAUCUUUAUCGAAGGUCCACUCGACUCUGACGGUCGUAUUGGAUCCAUGUGGGAGACUAGUGCCGCCGGAUUCACCUCUCUUGUAUUUGUAGUCAAUUUAAGAUUAGCUCUUUGUAUAAAUACUUGGACAGUUCUACAUCAUGUAACAUUAUGGGGAUCUUUGAUAGUAUAUGCUUUGAUAGAGUUUGUUUACAGUGUAAUCUAUAUCGAAUAUGUAGGUUACUUUCACUACAUAUUUGUACAUCUUACCGAGAAACCUAUCUUUUACUUUGCUCUCUUUGUCACUGUUCUCUGUGCACUCUUGCCCGCCUACACUGUAUCCUAUGUCAACCGAAACUACUUUACCAAACCAAUACACAUCGUCCAAGAACUCAUGAGACAAGACAAACGUAAACUACGACAUAAAUUAAAACUUAUGAAUAUUUAA